AUGAAAUGCGCGACUUUUAAAUUCGAGCGUCCGGGGAACCAGUCGCCGGGUGCCAGCUGCUCGGUAACGGUACUGGCCGCUGCGGUGGCGGGCCAAAGAUCAGAUACGCUAAUGGCCAGCAAUUUCGAGGUUUCACGCUCGCCUGCCCCGCCGGUGGAUAUCUCGCCGGGAUCGUUCCGCUAUUACCCGGCUUCCGAUUGCGUUAGAAAGGACGGGGUG